AUUGGUGGUAUAUAAAUUUUAUAACUAAGUCAACAUCAGUAUAAUUUGUAGUGCAGUAAUAAAAUGGAUUAUUGAAUUCGGGCGCUGUGCUUGUAGUUCUAGAAAGGAUUGCUGGAGCGCUUAGCAUUCCUAUGAAAUCUGAAGUGAAUGUGUCGUCGCUGAGAAUCAGUGAUAGUAACGAAAAAACUGCGUGAACUGCAUGUAAAGAUUAUCACUACAAAAUCAAAAAUAAGUACUUUUUGUGUAUUUUGUGUUGGAUCACCAAGGGAUUGGACCCAAUUCUGCAACCAUUUACCUAAACCAAUUUAGUGUGAAUAGUAAACAAUAACAUUUAUGUUAAAAGAAGAUUGAAAUGAAUACAAAGCCCUAAUAGACAUCACCGGGCAUAACUAUUUGUACCUGAAGUACAAAGUAGUUUAUCAAGAGAUUCGUAAAAAUAGCUAUGCUGCAGUACUGACUCGGCAAUAAUAAUACGAAUAGCUUGGAUAAAUUUAUAUGUGAGUUUCUAUUCAUUCUUUAAAAGUGGAUUCCAAAAGCAACCUGGGUCUUACCCAGGACUUCGAGAGGAUGGUGGGAUUGUCUGGCGGCGCGCACCUAUAUGCAGCUGGUUUACCUCCUGCACAGGAAAUAGUUCGAGACAUGUCGUCAAUACCAAGCGCUGCCCCAACCAGUGCUGAUGCCUGUCUUAGCAUUGUACACUCGUUGAUGUGCCACCGGCAAGGCGGGGAAAGUGAGGGAUUUGCCAAAAGAGCUAUUGAAUCUUUGGUAAAAAAGCUAAAGGAAAAGCGUGAUGAACUUGACUCAUUGAUUACUGCCAUCACAACUAAUGGAGCACAUCCAAGCAAAUGCGUGACAAUUCAACGUACUUUAGACGGGAGAUUACAGGUUGCCGGACGUAAAGGAUUUCCGCACGUUAUUUAUGCUCGUAUCUGGCGUUGGCCAGAUUUACACAAAAACGAACUUAAGCACGUUAAGUAUUGUCAGUUUGCUUUCGAUCUCAAAUGCGAUUCUGUAUGUGUCAAUCCGUACCAUUACGAGCGCGUAGUUUCUCCUGGCAUAGAUCUCUCCGGAUUGACAUUACAGGCUGGCCCCAAUCGCCUUAUAAAAGACGAAUAUACUCCUGGAUCUGUCAGCUCGGGAUCGAUGGAUAUUGAUGGAAAUGAAAUCGGAACUAUUCAACACCAUCCCUCGUUGGUACCCGGUUCUGGAUAUGCAAUUGGCCUCCAUCAACCAGUUCCAGAUCCGUCACAAAUUGGUGGUAUGUUUCCUCCACCACCGGGCAGCGGCCCUCGGUCAAUACCAAAACUCGAGCCACCCGAAUCUCGAAACAGCAAUGGCAGCUGGAUAGGUAGCCAAAGCUCAUCCUCCACAGCGGCGGCUAGCUCUACUUCACUCAAUCGGCUCUCAUCGUCCCUGCCGCACUCGUCCGUUCUAGGAAACCCAGUAAACCUGCCUAGUACUGGUGGUUUGCGCCCGCCACCUGCCCCUCAAACUCAGGGGCCGCAAGGAUCUGUCCAAUCGAAUUCUCAAAUGACAAAUGGGGGAAGUGGACUAAUUGGUAGUGCAUCGCAACCAAAUUUAUUGAAUGCCGAAGGACAAGCACAGUACUACAAUAAUACAGUUGAUGCUCCUCUUAGCUGUGAUUCUCAAUUGGGACAAAACCUUGGCGUGCAAGGAUCCAUUCCUGCAGCUUCGCCAGUAUCGCCUCAUCUCCAGCAAAAUGGCUAUGUUCAAGCAUCUGGCAGUCAACAGCAACAACAAUCACAACAACAGCAACAUCAAUCCUCUGUUCAGGGACAAUACGGCCAACAUCAGGCCGGAUCAGUUACAUGGUCUGGUUCCAACACGUUAACCUAUACGCAAUCCAUUCAACCUCCUGCACCAGAUCCUCGCUCACACACUGGCCAUUCACAAUAUUGGCAGCAUGGUGGCGGAUCUGGUACUAGUAGUUCUAGCUCUGGUCAGAUACAGGAUGUUCCUGGCCAACCACGGCUUCUUUCACGGCAGCCAGCCCCAGAGUACUGGUGUUCUGUCGCAUAUUUCGAACUUGAUACUCAGGUUGGUGAAAUGUUCAAAGUACCCUCAAACAGGCCUAAUGUAACUGUUGAUGGAUAUGUCGAUCCAUCGGGCGGAAAUCGAUUUUGUUUGGGUGCAUUGAGUAAUGUUCAUCGAACUGAGCAAAGUGAAAAGGCAAGAUUACACAUCGGCAAAGGAGUGCAACUGGACCUACGUGGAGAAGGAGAUGUCUGGCUAAGGUGUUUAAGUGAUCACUCAGUAUUCGUACAGAGUUAUUAUUUGGACCGCGAAGCCGGUCGAACACCUGGCGAUGCUGUUCAUAAGAUCUAUCCAGCAGCUUGUAUAAAAGUUUUUGAUCUACGUCAAUGUCACUUGCAAAUGCAAUCAUUAGCAACAAGUGCCCAAAAAGCGGCACAAAUGCAAGCGGCAGCAGUAGCCGGCGUAUCAGGACUAGCAGUUGGUGCACCCAGAAAUCUGUCUGCAGCUGCUGGGAUCGGAGUCGAUGAUUUAAGGCGACUCUGCAUUUUACGACUAUCAUUCGUUAAAGGCUGGGGUCCCGAUUAUCCACGACAAUCCAUCAAAGAAACACCAUGUUGGAUAGAGGUACAUUUGCAUCGAGCUCUUCAAUUGCUGGACGAAGUGCUACACCAAAUGCCGAUUGAUGGGCCACGUGCGGUGGAAUGAGUGACUGUUAGCUAUCGAUAUAGGGUACAGUGAAGGAAUGCACGGUUUCACGCUAAACUAUGUUACAUGUUACUUGUCUAUACCUAUAAAGAAGGAUUUCUGUCUGUCUGUCUGUCUGUCUGUCUGUCCGUAUGUUCCUUAUAGAAUCGAAAACUACUGAACCAAUCGGCAUGAAAAUAUGCAAGUAGAGGUUUUUUGGGGCCAGAAAAGGUUUUAGUGAUGGUUAGAAACCCCUCCUCCCACUAAGAGGGGGGGCUCCCAUACAAAUGAAACACAAAUUUCUGCAUAACUCGACAACUAAUCAAGCAAAUAGAACAAAAUUUGGCAUGUGGGUGUUUUCGGUGACAAGAAUUUUUUCUAUGGUAAAUUGAGACCCAUCCCCUCUUUAUAAGGGGAAUUAUAACUCCUCUCCUCUUUAAAAGGGGGGGCUUCCAUACAAAUUUCCUCAUAACUCGAGAACUAAUCAAGCAAAUGGAACUAAAUUUGGCACGUGUGUGUUUUUGGAGACAAAAUUUUUUUCUAUGAUGAAUUGGGACCCCUCCCCACUUUAGGAAGGGGGGCUCCUAUACAAAUGAAAUGCAAAUUUCCUCAUAACUCGAGAAUUAAUCAAGCAAAUGGAACGAAAUUUGGCAUGUGAAAGUUUUCAGGGCAUGAAUAUUUUCUAUGGUGAAUUAGAACCCCUCCCCACUUUAAGAGGGGGGGGCUCCUAUACAAACGAAAUACAAAUUUCCUCAUAACUCGAGAACUAAUCAAGCAAAUGGAACCAAAUUUGACACGUGGGUGUUUUUGGAGACAAAAAUUUUUUCUAUGAUGAACUGGGACUCCUACUUACUUUAGGAGGGGGGGCUCCUACACAAAUGAAAUACAAAUUUCCUCAUAACUCGAGAGCUAAUCAAGCAAAUGAAAUCAAAUUUGGCAUGUGAAAGUUUUCGAGGGCAAGAAUAUUUUCUAUGGUAAAUUAGGACCCCUCCCAACUUUAAGAGGGGGGGCUCCUAUACAAACGAAAUACAAAUUUCCUCAUAACUCGAGAACUAAUCAAGCAAAUGGAACCAAAUUUGGCACGUGGGUGUUUUUGGAGACAAAAAUUUUUUUUAUGAUGAAUUGGGACCCCUACCCACUUUAGGAGGGGAGGCUCCUAUACAAAUGAAAUUCAAAUUUCCUCAUAACUCGAAAACUAAUCAAGCAAAUAGAACCAAAUUUGGCAUGUGGAGGUUU